AUGUCGCACCAGCCAUCCUUCGGCGGCAGUGGCGGCGGCGGAGAUGUCCAAGAUGGACGAGUCUUUGCCGCUCUACCAGGCCAGGGCGGUAGCAGCAGCUCGAGCCGGCGAUCUACGAAUCCGGAUGGGUUCCAUGCUCCCGACUUCAGUAACCUCCAAGCUAUCAAUCGCCAAGAUGUCGCAGGUACAUCGUCCGAGCAGCUCGUAACCAAUGCAUACAGCCUCGAUGGAAAUCGUGGACCGGCUCAACCACCAGCCACCGCUCCGCAUUCACCAGUCGACAAUCGCAGAAGCGCCACCUUCUCUGCAGCCCCGGCUACCCACCUCGCAUCAACUUCGACGUCAGCCGCACCUCCGAAGGGACUCUUGCCCGCUUUCAACGACGGUCCCAUGUCAGCGCCUCCAGUCUCUGCACCACCUUCGUCUGCAGAUUACUCCUGGUUCCCACCGGUGCCAAAGUCGACGCAGGGGCCUCCUAGCAUAUCGACCACAGCAGCUGGAAGUGGUAUAGCGAUGUCAAUGCCGCCUCAAUCUUCAGAUCAGCCCUUCGUCUUCGGAGCAGGUGGCUCUUCUUCAUCUUUGACAACGUCGCCUCUCCUGACCCUUUCUCAGAUGUCGGAGAUGAGCAGCGCUCCGCCUCCUUCGGCGCACAAUCCCCGCGUAUCGCCGACUCAGCGACGACGCAUCUCAGGCGCAACCAGACAGAAGCCUCACUUGACCAGCAUCGACACGAGUCCAGGCGGACCUCACCAUAUGAGGGCAGAAUCUGCUUCGCUCAAUUCCGCUGGGCCGGCCAAUGGCCAGUCGUCCGUAGGAGGUGGCGGUCCGGGCGGGAUGCCGCGGCCACUCGCUGCCAACCAGGUUGGCGCUCUCCUCGAUCAGGUCUUCAAUCUCGCUUCUACCGCAAGAGACCUCUUCCACAAGGGCGAUCAAGGCUCAACUUCGAUGUGCCUCGAAGAGCUCUCCCGCAGUCUUGACAUGCUCGGCGAUCUCCGCGGCCGUCACCACAAGACUGAUCGCGACGCUCAACAAGGGGACGGUCAAAUCAGCACAGGUGCAUUCAGUGGCGUACCAGCACAAGCGCCCGCCAGUGGUACUGGAUCGGCUCACCACCGCACGAAUUCCGAGACGACGAAUGCGACCAACGCCUUUUCGAUGAUUAGCCUGCCACCGGAAAGUCCUGGAAUCAGGAAAAGGGUCACGAAUCCCAUGGACGACAUGCCGAUGAAGACUAUGCGAGGACACCAAGGCGUACCCGUCGAUGCGCCAGCACCACCGCCUUCUGCUCCUCCAGCUAUGUCAGACAAUCUGCAAGCUCCCCGAUACGAGCCCCCACGCUCCGCACCUCCGCCCUUGCAGCAGACGAACUCGGCGCCUCUGGUCCCUCAGCUCAAGAAUCUUGGUCCCUCGCCACUGGGUCCUGGUCAACUACAAUCGCAAGGGUGGCACGACCCUGGCGCAGGGACCAACGGCGGCAGUGGCAACAACGACGGCUUGACAGCGGCGAGUAUGGGCAACAAUACGUCGCCACUCGUUCAACAGUCCAUAUCCAGCUUCAAUUCGGCCUCGGGCAGCUCUGCCAGCUUGAAUAGCGCUGCCUUGGUUGGCGUCCCUGCACAGUCACUGCCUACCAGCCCACGAGCACUGCCCGCGCACUCGCGCACUCGCUCCGUGCUCGAUGGCGCUUUCAACGGUCUGGAGAGUCUCGCUGCGUCUCCCGUCAUCAGUCAGCACGGAGCAGGGGCUGACGAUGACGACAACAGCCAUCACUGGCCCGCAGACAGUGGUGCAGCAUCACCGCAAGACGCUUGGAGCCCGUCGCAGGACUUUGAUGAGAAUUUCUUUGGCUUCACGCAGGCCCAACAUGCAUUUGCCCCAUCGGCACUCAGCGGAGACAUCGACUCCAGGGAUGGCGGCGGUGGCAAUGACGAGCAUGCGCACGUCAUGACGCUCAAGGGCACCAUCGAUGUCCCGGACAUGCCUGGGCGUGGUCCGAUCCCGACCCUGCCUCACGAUCUGCAAGAGAAGCUCGACGCCCUCUUCUAUCGCUAUCUGCGCUGGGUCUGCUCAACGAACGAUUGCACAGACGCCAACGGUGAGGGGAUCCACCAGACCCUGAUGCCGAAGCGCAUGUCUCGCCUCAACCACAGCGAGGACUUCCGUCCCUUCAAGUUCCGCAUUCAGGCCUUCGUGAAUCGCUGGCAAGAAGAGGUGUACAAGAGCGGCAUCAGCGAGGAGCAGUGUUCGCACAAGCGCCUCCGCCAGUACCUGUGGACCCAACCGUACAUUUCGCGCUUCAAUGAGGACGGACGCAAGGCGAAGAGCAAAGGGAAUCAUGUAUGGAUCGUUGAAGGGCGCAAGCUGUCUGACGAGGAGUGGGAGUUCCAGCGCUUCGAGCGGAAGAUCGUUGGGCCGCCAGACAGGACGGCUCAUCGGGGCGUGCCUUGGUCGUGGACCCUUCGCGUGUGGGACCCACAGAUGUCGGCUGCUUCGAUCAAGCCUACCUUCACGAUCAAGAGCAAGCCGGACUGGCUCUCCUUCAACAGCGAUGAGGACGGAGCAGAAAAGACCCUCAGCGGUACGCCAUUGGAUAGCAGCGAUGGAGGUCUCGUUAAAGUGAGCGCACAAUGCCUGCGCGGCAACGGGGCCAUUCAAAACCUUGAGAUGUCUUUCGACCUCACGCUCGGUCCAGGCGGCGACGACCGUGGUGCGAUGAUGCCCCCGCAAAGGCCGCAUGCUUCAGCAUCGCAGCAGCAGCAGCAAUAUCAUCAGAGUCACAGUGGCGUGGCAAGUGGCCUCGGCCUUGGUGUACCGCUCAUGGAACAUCAACACCGUCUUCAAGCCUCGAUGCCGAUGCAUGUGGCCUCGAGCUCGACGGCCUUUGCACCGGCAAUGGUCCCCUCUGGCAUGUGCCCGCCUCCUGUACCGUCCUCGGGGAACAUGGGGUUGACGAUGGGACAUGCCGCUCAACAAUCAUCCAUGCCGCCGCCCAUGCCAACUCAUCACCAGCAUCUCCUCGCAUCUCAUCACCAGCAACAACAGCAGCAACAACCACAGCAUCAGCAAUCAGAGAAGUCGGGCUUCUUCAACCACAUUGGAUACAACUUUACAAACCCCGAUCCUCCUCCGCUCGUCACCCCUCAACCUCCUCCGUACCUCACCGACUACAAUGGCGAUUCGCCCAUGCUGCCCGUCUAUCAUCAGCACCAGCACCAGCUAGAGCCAACCUCGCAGCCAGUCGGCAUGGAUAACGGCGGCACAACGAUGCCGGGAUCCGGGCACGCUGCCGGCCACAUGGGCUUGCCUGCCUCGUUCAUGCCCAAUCACAGCGCACAGGCCGUGACCCAAGGCACGCCUGCCCCACCGCUCGCAUCGCAGAGUCUCGAGCCCCACGACCAGAUUCAGCGUUCUCAGGUACGCGCCAUGAUUGAAAAGAUGCAGCGCGAUCAGACUGCAAGCCUUUCGCUGAAGCUGCCCUCGGAGAGGCGCAACUCGAAGACAGCUACCAGCCCGUACGAGGUAGGCUCAGUCGGCCAAGAUGGCGGCGGAGACGGUGGCCAUAUGCAAGCUCAGGCCGACCAGCAGCAGCGGAUCCAGCAGCAUCAUAUGGAGCUUCAGCAGCAGCAGCAGGCGCAGGCCUACGCCCAGGCCGUACCCAUGCCUCCGCCUGGUCAGCCACUUCAGCUACCCAUACUCAGCAGCGGCGACGACGGUGGUCAGGUCGGCCACGGCGGUAAUGUGUCUGGCAUCAUCAACGAGCAAACUUCCGCAGCCGGCACGCCCUUUGGUGCUGCCAACCCCUCCCCUCACUCCAAUCUCAACGAGGCGGUCUUCAGUGCUGCAGGUCUCUCGGCGUCCGACACGCCUCAUUUGCUUAGCCCUGCAGGCGGGGAGGGUAUUGAGGUCAAUCCCUUCAGUGAAAUCAGCUUCGACUCGGUGCCGCCGCCGCCGCACAUGACAGGGCAGCAGUGA